GCCCCCGGAACGUUGCUGUGGUAGCGGCGCGCGCCAUGUUGGGACAGACGGGAAGCGGCUAGGCGGCGGGGUUCCGGCCGCUCUUUGUUGUUGUCACAGCCGGCUCCGCCUCUACGGUGUGUGCCGGCUUCCUCAUGCCCAGGGGGUCGCGGCUGGCGGGAGGACUGGGGUCACCAUGCCUUUUCCAAUUGUAAACCAGGGAACUCCACAACAACAGAGCAUCAAGAAUUUUGGCAUCACCUCCCCUAUCAGCUUAGCAGUACCCAAAGAGACCGACUCCUGUCUCACUCAGAAACUCAUAGAGACUUUAAAACCGUAUGGCGUCUUUGAGGAAGAGGAGGAAUUACAGCGCAGGAUCUUAAUUCUGGGGAAGUUGAACAAUUUGGUGAAAGAAUGGAUUCGUGAUAUCAGUGAACAGAAGCACCUGCCUCAGUCUGUAAUUGAGAAUGUUGGAGGCAAAAUAUUUACUUUUGGAUCAUACCGAUUGGGGGUCCAUACUAAAGGUGCUGAUAUUGAUGCCUUGUGUGUAGCGCCAAGGCAUGUUGAAAGGACUGACUUCUUUACGUCAUUUUAUGAGAAACUGAAGCUUCAAGAUGAAGUGAAGGACCUACGUGCUGUAGAAGAAGCAUAUGUGCCCGUGAUUAAACUUUGCUUUGAUGGGAUAGAGAUUGAUAUUUUAUUUGCAAGACUUGCACUUCAGACAAUUCCUGAGGAUUUGGACCUGCGAGAUGAUAGCCUGCUUAAGAACUUGGAUAUCAGAUGUAUACGGAGUCUUAAUGGUUGUCGCGUAACUGAUGAAAUCCUCCAUUUAGUUCCGAACAUUGAUAACUUCAGGCUAACUUUAAGAGCAAUCAAACUUUGGGCCAAACGCCAUAACAUAUAUUCAAACAUCCUUGGCUUUCUGGGUGGCGUUUCCUGGGCCAUGCUGGUGGCAAGAACAUGCCAACUGUAUCCAAAUGCCAUAGCAUCCACCCUUGUCCAUAAAUUUUUCCUGGUCUUUUCUAAGUGGGAAUGGCCUAACCCAGUGCUGUUGAAGCAACCAGAAGAGUGCAAUCUUAAUUUGCCUGUGUGGGACCCAAGGGUGAAUCCCAGUGAUCGGUACCACCUAAUGCCUAUUAUCACCCCAGCCUACCCUCAGCAGAAUUCCACCUACAAUGUUUCUAUUUCUACAAGAAUGGUUAUGGUGGAAGAGUUUAAACGAGGGCUGGCUAUAACUGAUGAGAUCUUGUUGGGGAAAGCAGAAUGGGCAAAACUUUUCGAGGCUCCCAACUUCUUUCAGAAGUACAAGCAUUAUAUAAUCCUGCUUGCAAGUGCGCCGACCGAAAAGCAGCACCUAGAGUGGGUUGGUUUAGUGGAGUCGAAGAUCCGUAUUCUUGUCGGAAGUUUGGAAAAGAAUGAAUUCAUCACACUAGCUCAUGUCAACCCUCAAUCAUUCCCAGCCCCUGUUGAAAAUUCGGAAAAGGAAGAAUUCCGAACUAUGUGGGUAAUUGGACUUGUAUUUAAAAAGAUGGAAAACUCAGAAAAUCUCAGCGUUGACCUCACUUUUGACAUUCAGUCCUUCACAGAUACAGUUUAUAGACAAGCUAUAAACAGCAAGAUGUUUGAAGUAGACAUGAAGAUUGCAGCCAUGCAUGUGAAAAGGAAGCAGCUUCAUCAGCUCCUACCCACACACGUGCUCCCUAAGAAGAAAAAGCAUUCUACGGAAGGUGUGAAGCUGGUGGGUCUGCAUGACAGCAGCCUGGACUUAUCCGUGGACAGUGACAACAGUAUGUCUGUGCCUUCUCCCACCAACACCUCCAAGACCAAUCCAUUGAAUGCCUCAGGAUUGUCUCAGGGUAGAAGCAGUCCAGCAACACCAACUAACUCUUCCUUGACCAAUGUACCAAAUGCGGAGAGCAACGUGCAGUCCUUGAAUAAUUCCUUAGACUCAUCACUGAGUAGUCUGUACGAAAGCAUUCCCGCUGACACUGCCAUGUCGCCAGCUAUCUCUUCGACACCAAAACCUGUGGUGUCUCGGGUGGUGACCCCUACCCGACUGGUGAAUCAAGUUCCAAAGCCUUUCCCUAGCACUGCAGUGAAACUGCCAAGUCCAAUAGCAGGUGUAAAGAGGACAUCCUCUCCUCAGAAGGAGGAAAGUCCCAAGAAAGUCAAAACCGAAGAGGAUGACAGCAAUGGCUGCACUGCUGUAGACUCAGAUGAGUCAAGCCGAUGUGAAAUGGAAUUAUUAAAGGAGAAUGAAAUGGAUGAAACGUCUUCAUCUCCUGUACCGGGAGCUUUGCCACCUUCUCAGCGAUCGUCCAGUACAGACCUUUCAGAUGUCCCGAAUCUCCCGGCUAAUCCAAUUCCAGUUAUCAAGAAUUCUAUAAAGCUAAGACUGAACCGAUAAAACUCCUCCCAAUCUCAACACCUCAGGGUCCAUAACCAAUCUAUUGCCAGAUAAACUGUGUUGGUCUCUCCAGGAAAGGAGUGACAAUGAGGAGAACAAGAGUGAUGGGAACACUGCGUAGACUCCUAUUAUUGGGCUGUAACCAACUUUCCCGGAGGCCCAGGUUAGUAUGGUGGGAAUAAGUUCAAUUAACCAGUUGCCAUCACUCCUAAAAGAUAAAGAUGAUCGUUACUAAAGGACUCCAGUCCAGAAGAGAGCGAGCCAGUGAGAGUGAUCAUGUUUCUAUGUGUAUCCAAUGAUUAGUCUAUGUAAUUCUUUUGCAAAGAUUGACAAUACAAUUGGCCUAAGAAAAAAAAAAUUAUCAGCUGAUGCACUUUUAUGUUUCCUGUUCCUUUUUAACAGUAGUGAGGAUCUUUUACACGGGUUUCUUUUAAAUCGUCCUUUGCUUUCUGUCACGUGCUUAGAGUUGCGCAUGUUGGGUCCCAACACUGGAUGUCUGUCAUUUUUUUUGAUGACUUUACUGAAAAUGAAAGUGAACAUUUUGCUGUUUUUUUCGUCUUAACCAUUAGAUUGUAAUGUGAGGGUUGAAGCUACAAUUUAGGCCAAUUGAAGGGAUAUGUUUUUUUUGUUUUGUUUUUUUAUCAUUCAUGACAAUGUAAAGUACAGCUAUUAGUUAUUAAACCCAAAUAGGCAAAGUCCAGUCUACGCUUAUCACAGUUCUAAAGCUUUGCGAGAAGUUCGGAAAAGUCCUUGCUAUCGUUUUCCUGUGACCUGUGAUGGCCAGUACAAACUUUAUACAGUUUUCAAUCAGGUUGAAAUUUUAUUAUUUAGACUAUAUAGAUUUGCCACAAUGAGUGUGCUAGCCAAGCUAGAGAACAAGUGGUGGAAAUUUGCAAGUUAUCCAUCUUGCAGUUUGUUUUUUCUCGUAACCUUCUGCCAUCUGGUUGAAAUUUAAGUCCUCAGUUAUGUAGGAUAUAGGAAGUCUAUCCAUAAGGGGUGUUCGUCCUAGCUAGUUAAAAUGAAAAUAAUGCAGUUUUUUGUUGUUGCGAUCAAGCUUGUUCCUCAAGACUGCCCCAUCUGGUGGCAGUGUGGUACUGGUCCACUGUUUUCUUUCACCUCACGCAUGUACAUUUUCUGUGUUUUUUGGGUUUUUAAAAUCUACUAGAGCAACCCCAAACGCCAAAGUCUAACUCGGGCUUAUGUCGUUUCCCUUUAAGCCUCUGCAAUAAUCACUGACCACAGGCCACACCCCUUUGUUUCAUUAAAGUUCUUACCUUGUUAUCCUCACACAGCUUUUGAACACCCUUGCAAUGCACCCAUGCAAGGCUUAGGCGUUCAAUGCCCUUACAAAGCACCCAUGCAAGGCUUAGGCGUUCAAUGUAGUUGCGUCGGCACCGGAUCAGAAUGGUCAUUUGUUUACAGAAAAUAAAGGAUAUUUUGGUUCUCCAAUUUUUACAGUCCACUACUUUAUAGCAAGAACACACUUUUUUGUUUUUCUUCUUUUAGAAUCAACUUUUUUUUUUUGUUUUUUUUUCUUUUGCCCACUCUUUAUGUUCUAACUUAACUUUUUAACUUGUUUCCACAACCUGAGGAUCAGACUGUUGCUUCCGCAUGAUGUAUGUAUUGUCCUAUGACUGGAGUUUUGGUUUGUUUUAUAGUACCCGUAUUCCUUGUAUUUUUCAAAAGCUAUUUUGUAAACAGAUUAUGUAUUUCUCCAUUGAAAAUGAAAAAAAAAAUAAAAACCGCACAACCCCACUGA